AUGACUGAAUGGACGAGGGAAAUCAAGGGGUCGAGAAUCGCGAGAAGUUCCGAGGGACAACAAGAGCACGCUUACACCGCCCCGACACUUUCUCACCCAAGACACACGAGGCAGACAGCCGCUGCAUGCAAGAGAGGACCUGCAAGACUACGACUUUGGAAGAAAGUCGUCAUUGGUGCCUCGUCCAGAUCAUAUCCACAACAGCCCAUCUUCAAGCAUCGGAUGUCGCCCAAGCUCUGCUCGACGUUUCCGGUCUCCGUAUCAGCGUCAGAUGACUUCCGGCUGCGGAUCGCUUUUGUCGGGCUCCAGGUCCUGUCUCACCUGCACCAGCUCCAGCAACCGAUUCUUCUUCAUCCCUUCCAGGAAUCACUCGCAAUGGAGAGGCAGUUCUUCGAAGGGCAGAAAUGGAGUGUGCGAGAACUGCAGUUCAAUCUUGAGUAUGCUCUCGAAUUCGCUGAUCAACACCUCGCCCAAUGGAGAGGUUUUCUGCAUUCGAAGUUUCCUUCUAGACAUGAAAUAAUCGACCUCAGCAACUCCAUCGAAGCCGAAGAAGCCAUUGCCGAAGAUAGCAUCCUCCCGAAACGAGUCCGACCAAUGGACUUGACAAAGAUCAAAGUCGAGCUGCCGGCAACGAUCGCUCUGCUCGGCAUCGUGCAGAAUCGGAUCAAGCACCUCUACACCUAUGACUGGGAGCCGCAAGAUCGAUCGUUCAUUGUCACUACUUCUGACGGUAGAGGCAUGCUUAUCGAUCCACCCAAUGAUGAAGACGAAGCGCGGGUGCAGCAGAAGUGGAGGUGGUCUAUUGCCGUUGUUGCGCAGACUGCUCACGCUGUUGAGACUGAGUAUGCGCAGCUGACGAAGGUGUUUGAGGAUGCCGUGGAGAAGGGCAAAGGCAGAGCGCGUGGAUGA